AUGCCAGACUGCUGCCUACACCUUUGCUUCUGUGCUGAUCCUGCCUUGCUUCCCAACGCAUUUCCUCCUCAUACCUCCUCCCUCGCCGAUCUGUUGAGUAACUCGCCUGCGACCAAUCUUCUCUUCGCCCUUGGCGCUGCCAGCGCUUCUCAGGUGUCGGGGAUCGUGGAGCUCUCCUUCCCUCCUGCCCAUAACGAUUGUCUCGGUGACGCCACUCCUCCUCCCAUCUCCCUCUCUGUCCUUGCUACAGAUCACGUUCUGGCGAGCGAUCCGGCGAGCGUGGCCCACUUCCCCGCCUCCCGUCCUGGUGGCGAUACGAAUCUGGCGAACGCGACUCGCUUCCAUGCCUUCCCUCAUGGCGCUGGCGCCGAUCCGGCGAACGUGACCCGUUUCCCCGCGCUCCGCGAUGCUGCUGACGCGGAUCCGGUGAGCGCGACUCGCCUCCCCGCCUCCCGUUGCGAUUCCUCCACGGAUCUGGCGAGCGCGACCCGCCUCCCCGCCUCCCGCUGCGAUUCCUCCAUGGAUCUGGCGAACGCGAUCCGCCUUCCCGUCUCCCGCUGUGAUACCUCCCCCGUUCCGGCGAACGCGACCCGCUUUCCCGUCUCCCGUCACGUUGCUGACGUGGCCCAGGCGAACGCGACCCGCCUCCCCGCCUUUCGUCAUGAUGCGGGCGCAGAUCUGGCGCGCUCGGACCGCUUCCCCGCUUUCCGUCAUUCUGCGGGCGCGGAUCUGGCGCGCGCGCUGCGCCGCUGCCCUGUUCCCCGCCUUGCGCCUGCUGUUCAGGAACGGGCGCUUCCUUGCGCGCGCUUCGUACGUUGCCCGUUCCGCCAGUCUCUUCCGCCUCGCCUGCCUUAG